AGAAAACCGCACUCGCCCACGAAGUUUAAACAUGAGGAAUCUCUAUCCCAAAAACAAAGGUAAAGUAUACCCAUCGCCUUCCUCUUCUUCUUCUACAAUCUCCAACUGUUCUUCUCCAAGUAGAGAUGUUCUGUCUGUGUUAAAGUUACUCCCAGCAGCCAUUCUUGCUCUGGCUUCUGUUCUUAGCUUGGAAGAUCGGGAGGUAUUGGCUUACAUGAUAACCAGGUCGAUGAAGACGACAACCAGUCCAUCUUCGAUGAUCGAAGAGAAGAAGAAGUACAAGAAAUCUACCAACACCCAUAAGUCUCCGCUAUUCGACUGUGGUUGUUUCGACUGUUACAGAAGCUACUGGUUCAGGUGGGACUCGUCGCCCAAUAGGGAGCUCAUACACCAUGUCAUUGAAGCUUUCGAAGAUCACCUGAACAACGGCGAGCUGUCUAAGAAGAACAACGGAAGAGGAAAGAAGAAGGAUAAAAUGAAUCGCCGACGGGUCAUUGAGAAAUCCGAUGCCGAUAGAUCGGAAAGGGAGAGAUUUGUGGUAUCGAUGAAAGAGGCUGAGAAGCUGGAGAUGAAACUCAAGCCGGAGAAGGCUGAUCCACUGCCGGAAGGUGAUGCAUUUGCAGUCAUUAUGUCUGGUAAAGCUGAAGAAGAAGAAGAUGAAGAGGAACAAGUACAAGAAGAAGAAGAAGAAGAAGGAUGCGUGGAAGGAGAAGUCAAAUGUACUAAUAGGAGGGACACGGCGGAGGGGAUGGAAGCGGAAGUACACGUGCCGGCAGCAAGCGGUGGCCACCACUAUCAGCAGCAGCAGCAGCACCGCCACCACCACCACAAGGGAUUGGCAAGAAUGGUUAUACCGGACGUGUUGGGAUUAUUGAAUUCGCGUUUGUGGAGCCUUUGGAAUCCGUCAAUUUAAAUAUAAUAUUUCAGUUAGAAUUUCCAAGGCAUAUUAUAUUUUGAUAUUUGGGUGAAAUGGAAUUCAAUUCCUGAAUUCCGAAAAAGAAAAGAGGAAAAGG